AUGGCUCCCCCUAAGCCGUCCUCGUCUCCGAUGCCGGAGCAUCCCCGGUCCUCCAUCGUUCACUACAGAGGCAACACAACAACAAUGGCGACCAUGGCAUCUUCACUUAGCUUCAUCCUUGCUCUUCUCCUCGCAAUUGCUGCCACCGACGGUAUCACUGUCCACCUACUCAACAAGUGCCCCUACACGGUGUGGCCAGGCGCCUACCCGGUCGGCGGUGGUAGCAGGCUCGACCCAGGUCAAGCGGGGGCCAUUCAAGUUCCCCCGGGCACGGCUGGUGGAAGGAUUUGGGGGCGCACCGGCUGCAACUUCGAUGCCAGCGGCCGCGGGUCGUGCACCACGGGCGACUGUGGCGGCAUGCUGGCCUGCGCCGCCGGCGGGAAGCCACCUGCCACGCUCGCCGAGUACACGCUGGGUAAGGGCGGCAGCCCCGACUUCUACGACGUCUCCCUCGUCGACGGAUUCAACAUGCCGAUGAGCUUUGGGCCUACCGGCGGCAGCUGCCACGCAAUCAACUGUGCCGCGGACAUCAACGCAAAGUGCCCGUCGGAGCUGAAGGUGGACGGAGGCUGCGUGAGUGCCUGCGUCAAGUUCGGCACCCCCCAGUACUGCUGCAAGCCGCCGCUCAGGCCGUCGACCUGUGGGCCGACGGACUACUCGCGCUUCUUCAAGGGGCACUGCCCGGACGCCUACAGCUACGCCUACGACGACAAGAGCAGCACCUUCACCUGCCCCGUCGGAUCAGACUACCAACUCACCUUCUGCCCAUAG